UUCACCUGACGCCAUAAUUAACCUGACGCCAUAAUUGUUUCAAGAUUUUUCAAGAUGGCGACCGCAACAGACACGAGAGGAAAUGUAGUUAAAAUGGACGUGGAUUUCUCGUCCACUGUCGAUGAACUGAUUCCAAACUGUGAAGCAUUAGUUAAGGUUAGAACUGGUCUAAAGCGUAGUUUAAGUUUGGGCUUCGUACUGUACAUAUUUCUCAAUUUGUACCGUGUUGAAAUUUGUAGUUUUUAAUUAAAUAUUACUUUUGUAAACUAUGUGCCAUGUGACUAUAUAUUAUACCUGAUAAGAUUCUUGACUUAAGAGUUUGGUUUUAUUCGCAAGAGUAUAUCUGAUAUGUUCAAUGGAUCUUCUUGUUCUGUGGUUUUUGAUCUGACAUAUCACUGACUUGGUUACUUUGUUUCUGGUAGUUAAAACUAAAAUUUAAUAAUGCCUACCAUGACACAAAACUAUAAAAACCUCAUCACAAAAAUAACAGUCCAUUAUCACAGAGACAUAAAAAACCCUUUUAUCACCAAAUAUAUUACAAGAAAAAUGUGAAAAGAAUUUGGCUUGACCAGGAAUAGAACUUGGUAGUUCUGGGUUGGCAUGCCGCUGCUUUGCCCACUACACUACAAGGGAUAGCUUGAAAACAAAUCGUAAAAACUUGUGCUUUGUAAUAUUGCUUAUAAUUAUAUGAAUGUGAAGGUAUGUUUACACACAACGAUUAAUCGGGCCGAUUCAGCUUUAAUUAAAUGAUAUUUGAAAAAAAAAUGCUGUCAACAUCAUCUGACGACAUCAUCAACUGACAACAUUAGUCAUUAACAUUCGGCAAAACCUGAAAUUGUUGGUCGGAUUAAUCUUUGUGUGUAAAUGUUCCUUUAAAGGCGAAUGUUAAAAUGUCAGCUUGCUUAUGUGCUUAUGCCAAUUUUAAAAAAAUGUUUUAUAGGAAGGUAAAUUGCAUCAAGCUUUGGAGAAUCUUUUGUCUCUUGAAAAACAAACAAGACUUGUAAGUCCCAGUAUUCUAUAAUCUCUCUUUCUCAAUAUAUCCUUGUUUCACCAUUCUCUGUUUCAUUCUUAAUUUUUCUUUUUCAUUUGUAAAAUCAUCAUAUGUUAGACAGUAAAAUAAGAAAGUAGUGCCCAUCGCAGCUUAAAAUUCAAGCUUGUUCCCAGGGUCUCUCCUUCUGUCAUUCGGGAAAGAUCCUGGGUACGAGGUUGCUUAAAAUUAAGUUGCAUUACGCCCAUUCUCGUACCCAGAGCCCUUCUUACGCGCGUUCGACCACGACGAGGGGCUCUGGCCAAAUCCAUAUCAAACUGGCUUCUGAUUGGCCACAACUAAAUAUAUGGUUUAUUGUAUAAAAUAUGAAUAAAAAUCAAGCGCUCCAUGAAGCUUUGGUUUCGUUUUGGAUAAAAUUGGGAGAAAAGACAUUAUUAAAGUUGAAAGAACAGCAGUACGAAGCAGUUAGGAAGAUUGUUGUUGAUAAUCGCCCACAAAAGCGGUAGAUGUCGCUAAUUUUGUUUAUUUAAAUCAAUUAGUUGAUUGAAAUUAAUAGGUUGAGACGUGAUGUUCUCGUAGCAAAAAGUCAGCAUAUUUAUGGGAGAUGCUCGUCGUAUUUCCAAAUCAGUGAUGUUAAUCAAACAAAUCUGUGUUACAUGUUCAAAGCUGAAGUGCGAUCUGAAGAGAAAAUAUUAAAGCCAGCCAGAAUAUGAAGUUAAUUGUGAUGACUAUUUUCUUCCUAGAAACCGAUUUUUUACAAUUUUCAAAUGAUUUGCAGUAUAGUAUGUCUUAUGUAUGACUGUUGACUUUUAAUAAAACACAAAAAAGUCUAAAAAUCUGUACAACAGCGACUUAAAAUCGAAUAUAAAAUAGUGAGACAAUCUCUCGUCUUCGUAUCCGUAGCCAUUACUGCUUUGGCAACGUUUAAGAGGGAAAUAUAUACUAAAUUUUUAUCAACAUGCAUUGGGAACAUCACGUCUUACCUACUAAUUGAUUUAAAUAAAUAAAAUUAGCGAAACCUACCGCUUUUGUGGGGUUUUCCUGGAGAAAAACUUUCAAAACGAAACAAACAAGAAAGCCGAAGUGUUUAUCCGCGUUUGACGUUGAGCAUGCGCAGUGUUUAACCGGAUACCAUGUUUUUAUGUUUUUAUCCGGUUAUGGAUUUGGCCAGAGCCCCUCGUCGUGCUCAGUCGAACGCGCGUAAGAAGGGCUCUGGGUACGAGAAUGCAUUACGCCCUAAUGCACCCUACUUUAUUAUUUUACUCUUUUGUGUAUUGCAUCAUUGUAUUAUGUAACUCAUUUGACUUUUCUUGUCAACAAAGGGAGCAGACCUCGCCUCAACCAGUCGACUGCUGGUGACAGUCAUCAAGAUGUGUUUUGAACAAAAAGAGUGGGAACUGUUGAAUGAGCACAUCCUUAUUUUGACGAAGAGAAGAAACCAGCUGAAACAGGCUGUUACUAAGAUGAUCCAAGAAGCUUUUACAUAUGUCGAUCAGACGCCAGAUAGAGAAACAAAACUAAAAUUUAUUGAAACACUACGAACUGUAACUGCCGGAAAGGUAGAGGGGUUUUUCAGCUUUUUUGCUGGUUUUAUUUUUGCACAGAAGAUUAAAUUUACCUAUACAGCUUGGGUUGCAGCUUCAGAGGCUGUUCACCCCUGCCAGAUUAUAACCUUUACAUAGUACCUUGUUUGAGAAUAAUAGACCAGACUGCAUCGAUUAGUAAAAGAUGGUUAACAAUUGUGUCUUCACAAUCUUUUUCACAGUUUUUUGUUUUGAACUUUUUUUUUAUGUUGCUGAGUUUCUGACGGGGGAAAAAUUGUUUUCAUGUCACAAAUUAACUUGAACAACUUCAUUUUAACUGCCUUGAAAACACGUGUUUUGGGGGGACAGUUAAUAUAGUUGUGAAAAACCGUUAGUGCAUGGGUAGAUAGUAGUACACUCUCUGAUUUUACUUCUGCAUCACUCACUGUUUAGAUAUAUGUUGAGUUAGAGAGAGCACGACUGACAAAAAUCUUGGCUACCUUGAAAGAAGAGGAUGGGGAUAUUUCAGGUUCGUCAGGACCUCAUUCCAGCACAUUGCAAUGAGAGUAAAAUUCCUAGUUUCCAUUUAGUCAUACAUGUAACUGUCAUUGCAUUGUGUCUCAAUGUACCACAUACCACCAAUUUUAUAUACAUUAUGGUUAAGUAAAAUCAUGUAUUUUUUUUUAAGUAAAAUCAUAUAUUUUUUUAUAAUUAAGUAAAAUCAUGUAUUUUUUUUCUAUUUCAUGAAAAACAGAGGCAGCAGAGGUCUUACAAGAGCUUCAGGUACUUAGGAAGACUAACAAUUUAGCUUUAUUACAUUACAGUGCAAAGCUUCUGACCAAACAACACUAAAAAAUUUAUGUGGUAUUUUGUUAGGUUGAAACUUAUGGUUCGAUGGAGAAGAACGAGAAAGUGGACUUUAUUUUAGAGCAAAUAAGAUUGUGUUUGGCGAAAAAGGAUUACAUUCGAGCACAGAUCAUUAGCAAAAAAAUUAGCAUCAAGUUUUUUGAAAAUAACAAUGAACCAGUAAGAACAUGGUUUAAUAAAAAAUUGGCUUCAGAUGGUAUGGGAUAACUCUGUCAGAUCUAAACGAAAACUCACUUGCAUAUUUUUUCUAGGAUCUUAAAUUGCGAUACUAUAAGCUGAUGAUAGAGCUAGCUCAACAUGAUUCAGAUUAUCUCAAUAUCUGCAAGUAUUAUCAUGCUGUAUAUAACACCCCUGCAGUUCAAGAAGACCCAAACAAGUGGCAAGAGGUGGGAAAUAACUCUUGAGAGCCUGCUUGCAGGCUACUCUCAUUUCCAUUAUAUGUGUGCAUGUAUAUUUGGAUUACUUACUAAUGCAUCAGUCGGUUGGUCAGAUGGGUGGUCAGCCAUUCAGUCAACUAGUUGCUUGGUUGGUUGGUCAGUUUCCUGGUCACUUGGUCGGUUGGUCAGACAAGCAGUCACUUGGUCGGUUGGUCAGUCAUUAAGUCAGUUGCCGAUCCGUUGGUUGGUCGGUCAAUUGGUUAUUCAGCCAGCCAGGUGGUCAAUUGGUUGGUCAUUCAGUCAUCAAGUCCAUCAGUUGUUUAGUCAUUUAGCCAGAAGGUUGGUUGGUAGGUCAGACGGUUAGUUGGUCAGUCAAUUAUUCAGCCAAACAGUUGGUCGGUCGGUCAGGUGGUCAGUCCCGUCUGCAAUAUUUUACCCCUUGUAUUUGUAACGACCCUUUCUAACAUGAUCUCCAAAGUUUAAGUUUGAAAAUUUCUUAGGCUUUAAAGAAUGUCGUUCUUUAUCUUAUCCUGGCGCCAUAUGAUAACGAGCAAUCGGACUUAACGCAUCGCAUUAACGAAGAGAAACAGUUGGAACAUAUCCCAAUAUAUAAGUAAGUCAUAAUUAACUUUACAUGGAUGACAGCACAUAACUUACAUGAGGAUAAGCAAACAAAUCCUGCAAGCCGUGCAAGGGUAAUAAGGUAUGCCAAGGUAUUGUGUUUAAUGGACCUAUUCCCUAAUGAACAAAAUUUUGAUCUAUAGACAAACAUUUCACCACAGCUUGAAAGAGCAUCACAAAAUUAGUAAUAUUCCGAAGUUUCGUUGCGAAAUGUUGUAAAAUGCGGAUAAUAUAGCACUGCGAAGUUUGCCGUUUUUCAGUCAUUUUAUAUCACGCACGGGAAAUUGAUACCGCUUUCUGAAAAAAGGUAUCAAUUUCCCGUGCGUGAUACAAAAUGACUGAAAAACGGCAAACUUCGCAGGGCUAUAUUAUCCGCAUUUUACAACACUUUGGAACGAAACUUCGGAAUAUUACUAAUUUUGUGAUGCUCUUUCAAGACUUGUCUAGAUCAAAAUUUUGUUCAUUAGGGAAUAGGUCCAUUGGGCCCUGCCAAUCACCAUAGUUUAGAUAAACUUUUGUUUUUCGUAUGUGUUGUCUAGAGCAUUAUUAAAAUGUUACAUAACGGCAGAACUGAUGAACUGGGCUGAAGUAACUCAGCAGUAUGAGAAGGAAUUACGAGAUGGAUCUCCCGAAAAUCUUGCUACUGAGGUGUUUGUAAAUAAUGAAGAGGGUAAUAAACGAUGGGAUGAUUUUAGGAAAAGAAUUGUUGAACAUGUGAGUAAAUGGAAAUUGUAAGAUGAGAUAUCUCAAACAUGAAGAUCCAGGGGGGAACUACCUCAAAAUAUGCCUAACGUUCUUGAACUAUUGCGACUGUUAUUUUGGCUUGUUUUGUAGAACAUUCGUAUAAUUGCAAAGUACUACACAAAUAUCACUAUGAAGCGGAUGUCAGAACUGUUAAGUUUAUCUGAAGCAGUAAGUUUGAGACGCACUUCUAUUUGACAAGCCAUCUGUAUUUCAUUUAUACGUAUCUGACCAGUUUUCCUCCAUCUCUUCUUUUUACGUGUUCCUUACCAUCUCAGCCUUGCUCUCUUCAUCCUUUCUGCGAUGUCUAGAACCUCACAUCUUCUGAUCUCUUCACUACAUAAUAUCUGUGCCUGACUCUCCUUUAUCUCUUAUUUUUUGUCUACACCAUCUCAGCCUUGCUGUCUUCACCUUCUCUGCAAUGUCUACCGCCUCACAUCUUCUUCUGAUCUCUUCAAUCCUCAUGUUUAUUCCAAAGAUCCAUUCCCAAAUAUUUCUAAUCCAAUUAUUCCAUUUUCCUUCCAGGAUACUGAAGAGUUCCUGUCUAAUUUGGUCGCUUCUAAAGUCGUCUUCGCUAAAAUAGAUCGUCCAGGUGGCACCAUAAAUUUCCAACCACACAAAGAGCCAAACGAAAUUUUGAAUGAAUGGUCGCAUAAUAUUAAUUCUCUUAUGCAACUUUUGAAUAAGACCAAUCAUCUUAUUACUAAAGAAGAAAUGGUCCAUGGACUCACUUCGUGAUUGUGUGAGACAUGUACCUCUACAUUAUGCUGAAAAAGUACUUUGCUACAGAAAUUGACAUAUUUUGGGUCAGAUGUGUGAGGUGUCAACUUUAUAGACCUUUCAUAUGAAAUUUCAUAGAACAUUAAUUUAACUGUUUAGUUCUUGUAAAACAAACAGGUUUUUCUGAAUAAAUAAACGUGGUGUGGCCACAAAACAAAUCAUUUUUAAACCUGUUCACAUUUCGUCUUGUCUUCGCUUUAUUUACGCACAUGUAUGCAUACGAACGUGUUAAACAAUGGUCAAAGAAACUUUUCCCAUUCAAGACAAAAUAUGCAUUCAGGGAUGGAUUUACUGGGGGGGGGGGAGAAUUGUGACAAGAGGGGUGCCAAUCACCUUUUUACCACCAGCUAGGCCCUGGGGGCAGUGUUUCUCCGGUUCCCCAGAACACUCCUGCCCUCCCUCUAGUGAUUAUGCAUUGCCAACGGUCUCACCCCAAACAAUGACCAAGGUUCGAUGAACCCCCUCCCUCCCCCUGCAUCCCUGUAUAUAUUCCAUUUUAAACUUGUUCUCCUAAACGGUUGUUUUUAUGAUUGCAAAGUACUACCAGUAAGUACAUAAAUAAACAUUGACCUCAAGGACACUAUAUUUAAUGGCUUUUGAACAUAGUUAACAGAAAAUAAACAUGGUUUGGAAACAGGGAAACUUUAAAUUAAGUUAAUAAAGUUAAUCAAAGUUUCCCGUGCAGGAUAGUGUCAUCCAUUGCCUGCACUUGGGAUGUUGCUCGACUUUCAGAAAACGUAAUAAAACCAUUUGGUAUUCCUUUAUUACUGUAAAAUUGAGAAUCUUUCCCAUACUACAGAGGCAUAAAUAAAUGAAAGAGAAUGAAAAAAAUUAAAAAUAUCAGAAAAAUGAAAUGAUUUUCUGUUAAUACUUUUUAACAAUGCAUCGUCGUUGUGUCCGACUUUGCGCUGUAUAGAAGUUGCAGCAAGAAUUCCUCGGGUGACAUGACCUUUACAGUACAAAUGUGUACAGAUUUUCAUAAACGUGGACAAAAACAAUAGCAACGAUUUUGUCGACCUAUACGAAAUCAUGUUUAUUCUCCACUAACUACCAACCGAAGUGUACAGUAAAAUCCCGCAUAUAUAAAGAACAUAGCAGAUUAAGAACCUACAGCCUGAAUGUUGCCAUUCGGACACCCAUUUUUAUCAGAACUAACUCGGCCUAAAAUUGGGAAAAGCUUCUGAUAAUAGUAAUAAUAGUUAUGUGAGUGUAUUUGUAGCUGAUUUUUAUACAUUGCAGACUAGACAUUAGAGUCGUGAAAUACAACUUAAUUUUCUGAUCAAAUAUAUAUAAGACCCUCUUCAUCCUGACCUCGAUAUAUGCGGGAUUUUACUGCAACUUACGCAAAAUUAAAUUACAUUCGUUCCGUCGUUCGUGUCUUUUUAAUCAUAUUCAGAACCGAUCGUGAUGCUUAUUUCUCCUGGUUCCACUGUCGUCGCAUGGUACCAAUUGUUUGUGUCAAUCACAACUGAAAUAAAAUGAAAUU